AUGGCAGGAUAUGAAUAUGCAAACCACUUCUUCCGCUACGCUCCCGAGCGCAUCGAAUACGGUAUUAACCGCUACCAGAAUGAGACCCGGCGUUUGUACGGUGUACUAGAUAAACACCUCUCCACUUCCAAGUCCGGCUUCCUCGUAGGCGAUCAUAUCUCAAUCGCGGACAUCUCGCACUGGGGAUGGGUUGCUGCUGCUGGCUGGGCCGGUAUCGAUAUCGACGAAUUCCCACAUCUCAAGGCCUGGGAGGAGAAAUUGGCAGCGCGUCCCGGCGUAGAGAAGGGCAGGCAUGUUCCGGAGAAGCAUACUAUUAAGGAGGUGCUCAAGGAUAAGGAACUAGCGGCUAAGCAUAGUGCUGCGGCGUCGCAGUGGGUGCAAAAGGGAAUGGCUGAUGAUGCGAAGAAGUAAGACUUUGCAUGUUGGGUCUUAAGAGUGACUCCUCUGUACUUCAAAACAUAAGUAAAUAAGUUCAGUCCUAAUUGAAGUUUUGAUGU